AUGAACCGAAGGUUGUUUGUUGGAAACUUAGAAUAUCAAAUUAAAAACUUUGAACUGAAAGAGUUUUUUGAAAGGUUUGGAAAGGUGGUUGAUGUUGUAAUCAUGGAAAGGUAUGAUGGUGCUUCAAAAGGAUUUGGGUAUGUUGAAUUUGAUACAGAAGAGUCAGCUCAAAAAGCACUUAGAGAAGGUAAUAACGAGAUGUUAAGAGGUAGAAACAUUCGUGUGGACAUGGCUACUGAAAGAAAGCAACAUGAACACAAGGAACGGUCAAGAAGUCGAGAGAGAAACCAACACAUUUUCAAGACUGGUGUUCCAUUUUCGUUUCGGGAUACUUUUUCAAGAGUAAAAGACUUUCCAGUAAGAAGAGACUUUGACUACUCUAGAAGUUAUGAAUUCUAUAAUAAAGACCCACAAAGCUUUGACAAAGAAAGUAAACAAGUUUAUUUUACUGAUCAAAGAUAUGACAGAAUGGGUUUUGAUCCAUAUCUCAAGAAAAGGCAAGAAAAUUAUGAUUUUAUUUAUGAACCUUUAGAGAGAUAUCGGUAUGAUGCAUCACUGAGAUCAGAUGGUUAUAUGAGACGAAUGGAUAAAUAUCAAGAGAGUUAUAAAAGGGGAGGUGAAAGGAUAAUUCAACGAGAUGAAUUAUGUAAUAAUGAUAGUUUAAGAACCAAAGAAACAAAUUUUGGAUUAAGUGAAACAGUUAUUUUUGUAAGAAAUCUUCCAUUUAGUAUGGAUAGUUUUGAAUUAAAACAACUAUUUGAGCCAUGUCAUUCUAUUGAUGCAAGCGUUGUUUAUGACAGAGAUACAAACAAAAGUAAAGGAUAUGGUUUUGUUGUCUUUGAUAAUUCAGUUGAUCAACACACAGCUAUAGAACAGUUUAAUAAUUAUCUUGUAGAUGGUAGAAAAAUAAUGGUGUUUAAGGCAUCUCUUCUUCAAGAAGAAAGAACAAAAGCAAUGAGAUAA